AUGGCGAGCACCGGUAAGGCGCCAGCAUCAAGCGCCGCCACUGAGCCUACUCCUACCAACCCCCGGGGCAUUCCCAGCGCCCCUUUCGUCGAUAAUGUCGAAGAUUAUGUCGCUACGAGGCAAGAUGUCGAACCCACAUUACGGAGCUUCCAGGAGAUGAUAUCAAAAUAUCAGUUCAUGGAACUGAAUCUCCAACGGCGAAUGGCAGGUCUCAAGGGGAAAAUACCCGAAAUCGAAAAGACUCUGGAUACUGUCAAGUUUCUCAAGCUCAGAAAGGAUGCAACGGACGCGAUAGAAACAACGUUCGAGGUUAACGACACGUUGUACUCGAGGGCGAAGAUCCCGCCAACUGAUGAAGUUUACAUCUGGCUUGGAGCCAAUGUGAUGCUCUCAUAUCCCAUGGAGGAAGCAGAGGAGCUGCUCACCUCCAAGCUAUCCACGGCACAAACCAGCCUGUCAAAUUGCGAGGAAGACUUGGAUUUUCUACGAGAGCAAAUCACAACGAUGGAGGUAGCAACGGCGAGAGUUUACAAUUGGGAAGUCGUACAAAAGCGGAAGGAGAGGUCAAGUAAAGAGUAUGAAGAGAAAAGUUCAAGUACCUAG